AUGCGUGCCGAUCCAACCCAAGUCGAUUUCUCGCAGUGGCUACUUAAGCUUGGAAAUGGCACCCUCCGAAGUGAACACACAACGAUACCAUAUGCCAUUGACAUCCCAGAUCGAUGCACGUUGUCCAUCGACAUUGUCAACGACGUCUUUCAGGACAUGAACAGCAACGACAUACAGGACACCGUCAUACUCACACCGAAAAAUGAUGCCGCCUUGACACUAAACAACCUCAUCCUGGAAAAGAUCCCCGCACCACCCAAAAUCUACCACAGCAGUGAUUCAGCCCUCUGUGAAAACCCUGAAGAACAAACGAACUACCCAAUGGAAUUCCUUAACUCACUCACACCAUCUGGAAUGCCGCCACAUGUACUGAAAGUCAAAGUUGGUGCGAUAAUCAUGCUCUUGCGAAACCUAGACAUCAAAGGCGGACUAUGCAAUGGCACACGGCUAAAAGUUGUGGCUCUCCAUCCCUGUACAAUCCAUGCGGACAUUCUCACUUGCGCCCAUCUCAACAAAAGGGUGUUCAUACCCCGAAUCAAACUUGCUCCCUCAGACGCCAACUUGCCAUUCACUCUCCAAAGAUACCAGUUCCCAAUACGACUGGCGUACGCCAUUACCAUCAACAAGGCACAAGGACAAACCUUCCAAAAAAUUGGACUUUUCCUCCCACAGCCUGUUUUCUCACACGGCCAAUUAUACGUUGCACUAUCAAGAGCCCGAUCCUACCAUGCGAUAUAUGUACAGGUGAAUCCAACCGAUCGACAGGGACCAUCAUUCACGCAAAACAUCGUCUACAAUGAGGUCCUCUAA